AUGACCCCAGAUAGAGAGCUUGCUACCAUUAAUGGUCUACCAGAUAAAGAGCUUCCUACCAUUAAUGGUCUACCAGAUAAAGAGCUUCCUACCAUUAAUGGUCUACCAGAUAGAGAGCUUCCUACCAUUAAUGGUCUACCAGAUAAAGAGCUUCCUACCAUUAAUGGUCUAUCAGAUAAAGAGCUUCCUACCAUUAAUGGUCUACCAGAUAGAGAGCUUGCUACCAUUAAUGGUCUACCAGAUAAAGAGCUUCCUACCAUUAAUGGUCUACCAGAUAGAGAGCUUGCUACCAUUAAUGGUCUACCAGAUAAAGAGCUUCCUACCAUUAAUGGUCUACCAGAUAAAGAGCUUCCUACCAUUAAUGGUCUACCAGAUAGAGAGCUUGCUACCAUUAAUGGUCUACCAGAUAGAGAGCUUGCUACCAUUAAUGGUCUACCAGAUAGAGAGCUUGCUACCAUUAAUGGUCUACCAGAUAAAGAGCUUCCUACCAUUAAUGGUCUACCAGAUAGAGAGCUUGCUACCAUUAAUGGUCUACCAGAUAGAGAGCUUGCUACCAUUAAUGGUCUACCAGAUAGAGAGCUUGCUACCAUUAAUGGUCUACCAGAUAAAGAGCUUCCUACCAUUGAAAGCAGAUUAAUGCUCUCAUAA